CGUUCGCCGUCUAUCCGGUCCACGGUCCACCGCCUUUCUAUUACAAUAAAUUUACUAUCAUAAUCUAAGACCGUGGUCAUAAUAAUAAUAAACUAUCACGAUAUUCACGCACACAAGGAUUACCGCAUUAAAGAGUGUUCGCGGUCACGAUAGUAUAAUAUUCACUGCUCUCUCUAUAAUAGAGUCGUUGUUCAGACGUUCAGUGUUCACCGUUCGCCAGUCACUUGCAACACGGGCUCGUCGGUAGACACGUACACUCCUCAGUCAGUCCUCUAUAAUAAUCCUACGUCGUUACACACAUCACAUCGUCUCGCGUUAUUGUUUGUUCGUACUCGCAGAGUGCAGACAGUUGUGAGCCACUUGCGUUUUAGUGUUUGUUAAACUAUAUUGUCGUUUACGACCGUAUCUAACCGUUCACAGCGAUGGCUGCCGGCAAAGUAUUGGUGUACGGAGGAAAAGGAGCGUUGGGAUCGACGUGCAUAUCGCUCCUUUCAUCCCAAAAAUAUUGGGUUGGAUCAAUAGACCUAACACAAAAUGAAAAUGCAAAUGCCAACGUAAUUGUGGAACGUGAUGCUACAAUAUUAGAACAAGAAACUCAAAUUUUGAAGGAGCUUAAGUCCGUUUUAGGAUCAGAAAAAUUAGAUGCUGUAAUAUGUGUUGCUGGUGGUUGGGCUGGCGGUAGUUCAAGCUCUGAUGAUUUUGUGAAAAAUACUGAUUUGAUGUUAAAACAAAGUGUUUGGAGCUCAGUAUUAGCAUCAUCUAUUGCAUCUAAAUUCUUAAAACCUGGAGGUAUUUUAGUAUUGACUGGUGCUAAAGCUGCUCUUGGUCCCACACCAGGAAUGAUUGGUUAUGGUUUAGCCAAAGCAGCCAUACAUCAUUUGACAAAAUCGUUGGCCGAUGAAAAUGGUGGUUUGCCAACAGGAGCUCAAGCUCUUUCAAUACUGCCUGUCACCCUUGACACGCCUAUGAAUCGUAAAUGGAUGCCUAAAGCUGAUACUUCAACUUGGACUCCAUUAGAGUUUGUUGCUGAAUUAUUUUCUAAAUGGAUUAAAAAUGAAGAAAGGCCUCCAAAUGGUUCACUUGUUCAGUUAAAUACAAAGGAGAAUAAAACAACUUUGGACAUUGAAUAAUUCUUUAAAUAUCAAAAAAAUCAUUUCAACCCUUCAGUUUUCUAUCUGUUAAAUUGUACUUAAUAUUAUUUAUAUAUAACAACAUAUUUAAAAAAUAAUAUAUAUAUUGUCCUACUCUAUAAAUAAGGGAAAGGUUAAUAAAGUAUAAAAUAUAAAAUUUUAA